UAUCUUAGUUGGGCAUCUACAAACUCCUCACAAAAAUUUUCCCACCAGCUCCCACUAAAGCGCCCAAUCAAGUGUUCCGGAGGUAAAAAAAAAGGGUGUGUGCACAACCGCAUUGGGAAUACCUGAUCAACUCGUUGAAAGAACAAAUUACAAGUGAAACAAAGUAUUCACCAUGGCGCCAAAGCUUUCGGAGGAUGAGAUCGAUGAUUUGAUCUACUUGGCGCGAGUCGGGGAGGACACAGAGCUCACGCAAAUGCUGAAAGAGUUGGCGGAGCGGGAAAACGUCACCAUCGCUGACGUGUUGGAAACCGCACGGGAUGACGGAAAGGCAACCUGCUUGCACAUGGCAGCUGCGAACGGCCAUUCGAGGACGGUAACACACAUCCUCUCACAUCUCCCUACCUCAUCACUCCCUUCUCCCUCACCUACAAGCACAUCCCCCUCCGCCUCCCAGGCCCCCGCGGACUCCUACAUCAACGUCGCCAAUGCCUACGGCAAUACGGCGCUUCACUGGGCGUGUCUAGGUGGACACCUGGACACCAUCAAGCUGCUGCUUUCGCGGGGCGCCAUCCCCACGCUGGAGAACGCCAAGGAGCAGAUCCCGCUGGACUGCGCGGCGUUUAACAACCAUAUGCAAGUCGUGGAGUACUUCUUGAGCCAGAGCAGGCAAAAGGAGGAGCAGAAUGCGAAGGAGGGCGGAUUGGAAGGGGCUGUUAAGGAUGUGGAGAUGGGUGAGGGCGAGGGUGAAGGUGAGGAGGAAGUUGUCAUGAGAGCAGGAGGCGAGCAGUGAGGCUCCGUAAUCUCUUUGACAUAGAUGAGAAAUGGUCGAUAUGAUGAUUUAUGAGAUCAAAAACAUGCAAGAAAUGACGCCUGCAUCGAGACGAACGCGUCUGCUUGCCAUCGUCAGGGCUAUAGGGAUAUGGAGAGCAAGAGCUGCAUAGGUACUGACUGACACGGCCGCGAACAAUGAGUUUGGUAAAA